AUGACGGAGGGCGAGUCGCAAAAGUGGAAGUCGUCUCUGCUCCAGAAACGUCUGGUGACUCGCAGUGCAUUUUGCAACGAAGCAUCGCAAUGCGCCGCGUCCAUUCUGCGCUCCGAAGCGGCUCGCGUGGAUGGUCAACUUUGCGAUGACGUUCGCGCCGUGUUGGCCGGCAACGCAGUUUACAUCCGCCGUUUUGUGUGUGACGAGGCUGACAUGCGGCUUUACGAGAGGCUGAGGGCGGAGUUGGUGGCCGCGACGGGGGCGAACAUGUCACGCGACGGCGGACGCAUCGAUUGGAGCCGUCAUGAAAUAUUUGAGAACCCGACAGGAAUCAGCGCGAUGUUUAACGAAAUAAUAGAAAUGCUGGCGGAGUACUUUGAUUUGGACGUGUACGCCACGCGACUGAAUUAUUACCGCGACGGGCAUCAGUGGAAGCCGCAGCAUCACGACAGCCAUGCGUAUGGAGGCACCUCCACCCACGCCGGCGAGAGGUUGCGCGAGGACUUUACGGUGGGCAUCACACUUGGGGCGACGCGCAGUCUUCUCUUCGUGCACGAGGCCUCUGGCCAGCAGUUUGACUUCCCGCAGCGCAACGGUGACUGCUUUGCCUUUACAAGUGAAGUAAACAACGCAUUUACGCACGGGGUACCGCGUGUUAACACGCCGAUUGGCGAUCGUUUCAGCAUCAUCGCGUGGGGGCGGCGUCGUGCGAUGAAUGAACGUAACAGUGAUCGAGCGGUGACUUCUUUUGAAGGCAGCGAUCUCCGAUCCGUCGAUGACGCCAUACAGGCUGCCCAUCAACUUGUCUCCCGCGCUUCUGCAUCCACAAGGCAAACGGUGGCACCAACACUGUCGACGAGUAUGGAGAUGAACGACGGGAACAGCCAUAGAAAUGAGAGCAGCGCUGGAAGCAGCGUGCCCGCGAAGAAAAAGAAGAAGAAUCGACUUCAGUGA